AUGGUGACCAUGGCAAGCAUCAUGAAUUCGAAGAUACCUUGUUUUGGAGGUAGCAGUAGGGUUCACCAAGCUGAGUUUCUCUGGGCAAUGCCGUCGGUUAAUCAAGUUGAAAAUGCAAGAAGAGCAAAGCAGGUUAGACGGGUUGGGCUCGGGCAUGGUCUGUCUUUCAGUUCAGGCAGUGUAGACAUGAGUAUUCAAGCUGUGGCACCUGAGAUUUCCACCACAGCAGCAGAGGCUCCAACUCCCCUCUCCGAGAACGAGAAGAUGCUAGCUAACUAUGUGCCAGUUUACGUAAUGCUCCCUCUGGAAGUUGUUACAGUUGACAAUGUUCUGGAAAACAAAGACGGGCUUGAGAAACAGCUCAAGGAGCUAAGGGCAGCAGGUGUUGAUGGAGUCAUGGGAGAUGUCUGGUGGGGAAUUGUGGAAUCGAAAGGUCCGAAGCAGUAUGACUGGAAUGCUUACAGGAGCUUGUUCGAACUUGUCCAACUAUGUGGACUGAAGAUACAAGCCAUAAUGUCAUUCCAUCAGUGUGGUGGGAAUGUUGGGGAUGCUGUUAACAUCCAUCUUCCCCAGUGGGUACUUGAUAUUGGGGAAUCAGACCCUGAUAUCUUUUACACUAACAGGACUGGCAACAGGAACAAGGAGUACCUCACAAUUGGUGCGGACAACCAGCCUCUCUUUGGUGGGCGAACUGCGGUUGAGAUCUAUAGUGACUAUAUGCAAAGCUUCAGAGACAACAUGUCUGAUUUUUUAGACGCUGGACUUGUGAUAGACAUCGAAGUGGGGCUUGGUCCUGCAGGGGAGCUCAGGUACCCAUCUUAUCCAUCAAGUCAAGGAUGGGUUUUUCCAGGAAUUGGAGAAUUUCAGUGCUAUGACAAGUAUCUCAAAGCAGAAUUCUUAGAAGCUGCAACAAGUGCAGGCCACCCGGAAUGGGAGCUCCCAGAUAAUGCUGGGGAAUACAAUGACACACCUGAAUCAACAGAGUUCUUUGGAUCAAAUGGGACAUACCUUACUGAAAAAGGGAAGUUCUUCUUGACCUGGUAUUCCAACAAGUUACUGGGCCAUGGUGAUCAAAUCCUGGAAGAAGCCAACAAAAUUUUCUUGGGCUAUAAAGUCAAGUUAGCAGCUAAAGUAUCUGGGAUCCAUUGGUGGUAUAAAUCUGAUAGCCAUGCUGCAGAGCUUACAGCGGGAUACUACAACUUACAGGAUAGAGAUGGGUAUCGACCCAUAGCAAGGAUGCUCUCAAGGCAUUAUGCUAUUUUGAAUUUCACAUGUCUUGAGAUGAGGGACUCCGAACAAAGUGCCAGUGCCAAAAGUGGACCUCAGGAACUUGUUCAACAGGUUUUGAGUGGAGGAUGGAGAGAGAAUAUUGAAGUUGCUGGUGAGAAUGCACUUGCAAGGUAUGAUCGUUCUGGCUAUAAUCAAAUCCUUCUAAAUGCUAGGCCAAAUGGAGUCAACAAAGAUGGUCCACCAAAGCUGAAGAUGUCUGGGGUGACAUACCUUCGUUUAUCAGAUGAUCUGCUGGAAGCAAAGAACUUCAGCAUAUUCAAGACAUUUGUGAAGAAAAUGCAUGCUGAUCAGGAUUACUGUCCUGACCCAAACAAGUACAAUAGCCCUAUAGUUCCUUUGGAAAAGUCCAAGCCAAAGAUUCCAAUCGAAGAUAUUCUGGAAGCGACCAAACCCAUGGUGCCAUUCCCAUUUAAUAAGGAAACAGAUAUGAGCGUUGGUGGUGGUGGCCUUUCUGAUUUGUUAGGCAGUUUGAUAAAUAGGAUCACUUCUAUAUUUAAGUGAAACCACAUCUGAAAUGGGAGACGAUGCAAGUGCCCAAAAAAAGCAAAAAAAAAAAGAAAUAAAGCAGCUGGCUUUGAAAUGCUAAUAAAAUGCCAUUCCAUGGUUAUGUCAUGAAAAUUUGAGGUAUUUGCUUUUUGAAUAAAAGAAUUUGCAUUUCCCUCUUC